AUGAAAGAUGCUGCUGAAUCCCGUCCGGAAAUUCAGGACGUUCCAUCGAUGAUUCUGGACCUCAGGCAAGAGAUUUUACAGCUGCAGAACUUGCUUUCUGGAAUGGAUGGCACAUUGUCAUCCCACACUGCCUCCAUAGACUCGCUCCGUUGCACAGUGGACAGCGUGUUCGUGGGUGCAAGGAGCAGGAGCAAGCUCUCAACAGGCUUAGAUCGGUGUAUGGAGAGCACCUCUGAGGGCCCGGAGGAGCAGGACCCUGCCUUCUCGUCCUUCGCCGUCAAUAUCAACACUGAGGUGAAUGAACGGCUGGAUACCGUGGAACUUGUGCAAGCUCCGCAGGAUCCUCCUGCGCUCCUCCCGCUUCCGGGGGUGAUCGGGCGAGAGGGUCCAGAUGAUUCGAGCCUGGUUCACCAGCACAUUACCUCUGCCACGCCACUGGAAAAGGACAACGAGAUAGCUCCUGUCAAGAGGAGGAACAGUCAGAAGAAGUCCUUGGAAAGUCGGCAGAGCCGUGACAGCGAGCAGAUGCAGGCACGCAAAUCGGACGGGGUGCGCAAGAUUCGUUCCCUUGAGUCCGGUCCGCGGAAGUUGCGCUACGGAAUGGUGGAGGAGCUCCAGGAAGAGACUGCCCGGCAGCUGCUGAAGAACUCUCACGAUCUUCACGCUUCUGAUGGAGGGCCGCCAGGGAUGCUGGUGAAGUCCAACACUAUGAAGUCUGUGAAGCAGGCCAAGUGUUGUCAUCACAUGUUCUUCGGAAGCGGGCAGUCAUUUUUCUGUGAACCCUGUGUAGCCGCGUGUACUAUUUCUUCGCUCAAUUUGUGCCUUGACUUCGCAUGCUCGUGCCCCGUGGUGCUCGUGAGCGCCACAGGGAUUGAAUUUGUUGUCUGCAGCUUAAGAAGCCAAACUGCAGCUCAGAAGGUGUCCUUUGUCGCAGGGAUAGUCGGCCAUGUGCGUGCGGCUGAUUGUCAGCAAUGCAGAGGAAUUAGAUUCCAGGCGAACCUGGUGAGUCGCAAGUUGCCGUGA